AUGCCGUCGGGCGCAUCGGCACAACUGCCGCCGGCAGAAUAUAACAGAAUGCCUGCCCCUACACUCAUGAAUUACCAGAACCACCCGAGGACGCAAGGCUUUCGCUGGGGCAUCUGCGUUGUCUCGGAUUGCCAAGAAGAAGAACUACAAGAGAUUGCUCGCUCUUUCAUUGGAGACAUGGUGACGGUAAAUGUGAAGUACUGCAUGACGGACAUCACACCAGGGCUCACCACAUCGCAGAUUGCUGUUGUGGCUAUCCUGGCGACCAUUCUAGUGUUGAUGGUGGCCGCUACUUUUGUGGACGUGUACGCGUCCGAUGACACAAAAAAGAACGUGGCGGUGAACGUCCUGAGGUGCUUUUCCAUGCCGGCAAACCUGAGGCUGCUGGCGUCGAAGCCUGAGAAGACGUCAGGCUCCUACCAGCUGCGGUUCAUGCAUGGCCUACGCGCCUUCAGCAUCUACUACGUCGUCUUUGGCCACUCCUCAUCCGAGAUGGCGUUCGUCAGUGCUAACGCUACGUAUGCCCUGCACUACAUGGAUAGAUACGAAUCGACCCUUGCGGCAGCUUCCUUCCUGUCUGUGGACACCUUCUUCUUCAUGAGCGGAUACCUGCUGUCCUAUACGCUCAAUGGCACCAAGAAGGGAAGAGGAGUCCUAGCAGUCAUUGUCAUCGCGGUCCGACGUUGGUACAGGUUGGUGCUGCCCUUGGUAUUCGUGGCGUGCUGUUUCUCCCUGUUACCGCUGUUUGCUACGGGACCAACCACCACUCUCGUUUACGACAAGUUCUAUGCAGACGUCUCAGGAUACUGGUGGGCUAUUGUGCUGAACAUCCGGAACAUGUAUGAAGAGCUCACAUACGGGGUCAACGUCUAUACGUGGUAUAUCUCGGCGGACUAUCAGCUCUUCCUUGCGGCUCUUCUCGCUCAUCAGCUGAUUCGAACACGCACAAUCGUAGCCGCUCUGGUGGUGAUGUCCAUCGCAUGUAGCUCCUUCACUGCGUGGCAGAUGACUGGUAGUAGGUACUCACCGGUAAUCGUUCACCUGGCAGAGACAUUAGAAGACUACAUCAAGAUGUUGACCAACGUGUACAUGCUUCCUACAUACCACGCCGCCAGCUAUUUCGGGGGUUGCAUUACGUUCUACGCCGUUGAAAAGUUCAAGAACGAAAAAAUUUCGAAGGGCGUCCAGGUGAUGCUGUGGGCCGUGGUCAUCGUCUUCAGCGCGACCUGCGUGCUUUAUCGUUUCGAGUGGUCACGCGGCACGAAACACAGUGAGCUGGCAAAGGUGUCGCUGGCCUUCUGGGAUCGUAUACUCUGGACGUUAGUCCUGGCGGUGUUCACCUUCAUCCUCGUCUCAGGAAGAGGAGGCUUUGUGCAAAGAAUGCUGUCGGCUACGCCACUGGCGGUUCUUAGCAGGCUCACCUACGGUAUAUACCUCGUCCACUUUCCGUUCUACUUUGUUUGGAAAAGCGCCGUGAGAGAGAGGCUCUACACUAACAUAUUCAAUUUGUUCAACGAGAGUGUAUCUGUGUUUGUGUGGAGCUGCAUGCUUGCGCUCGUUCUGUUCCUGGCCUGCGAGGCCCCCGUUGGCCGCCUGGACAAAAUCAUGUGGACAAAGUCGUCGGUGAAAAGUAAAGAAGAACAAGUCAACGGGGGGACCGACCUGGAGCUGCCCACACACCGCUCUGAAGCACCUGAAGAGUCAAAUCAGCAGUAA